AUGAGCAGUGUCAGCAGAAAUACCCAGCUCAGGUUCGUAGCAGGUGCGGGUCCUGCCAACAGCAAUAGCCCAUCUGCUGAAACACUGUGUGAUCGAGUCCCUGUGCUUAGUGACCUCAAACGUCAGCCUCCCUGGGAUUCAGACGAGCUUCUGCGCAAGCGCGGGCCAGAAGGGAGGCGGGGAUGGCGACGCUUUUGCGGUUGCCUGGCAACGUCCUCCAGCCUGGACCCCAGGGCUGCCCCUCUUCCUUUCCCUCUCUGGACCUCGAGCCCCCUCCCCAUCCAGGACCUCGCUCUCUCUUCUCCUCGAGCCCCUCCCCCCAUCCUUGUGGCCCCUUGUGGCCCCCUCCCCGCCAUGGAGACCGAGCCGGGGACUGUGACGGUGAGCAAGGCCUUCCAAGAGCACCUUCGGCAGCUGUGUCUGCACGAGUUCCCGUGCGGUCUGGGCAGCUGGAACAGAACCCGCUUUUCCCGUAAAAACUUGAAAUCCUGGAAAGGUGGGAUCCCUAAAAUGCCAGAUAAAGUGUCCCCUGAAGAGGAGGCUGUGGAAAGCCUGUUGAGGCUGGUACGAAGUGCAGAGUCUCCCUGGGCUCAACACAAGGAUUCAACCAUGGAAGACCAAUAUCUGAGAGAGCUCGCCAUCCAGAACCCCCUCGUCAUUGACAACGCCUUCUUAUUCUCCUAUUUCACAUCCCUGCGAGUGGUGAACAAGGGGGUCACCCUAAUUGAUGAGGACCUACUGAAGUUUUUUAAGCUUGAAGAGCUGAUACUGAGUGCCAACCGAAUCAGGACGGUGGACCCCAUGAACUUGCCCCCAACUCUGAAGGUUCUGGAGCUCUAUGGAAAUGAAAUGACCAGUAUCCAGUGUUUGUGCUCUCACCCCCCUCCGGCCCUCCAGCAUUUGGGCAUGGGCCACAACAAACUUAUUGGCUUCCUGGAAAGCCAAUAUAUCACAGCCAAUUACUGGCCUAACCUGGUCUCCCUGGACCUAGGCUACAAUGACCUGACUGGGUUGCAUUACAUCAUGGCUGGCCUGUAUACUCUGCCCCAGCUGAGGCUGCUGGUUCUACAGGGAAACCCUCUGUCUCUGGUGCCCCAUUACCGGGGCUACACCAUCGACUGCCUGCCCCAGCUCUAUGUGUUGGAUGACAUCAGCGUCUCCCCAGAAGAGAGGCACCUGUUUCAGGGGCUCAGCUGCAAACUAGGAUUUGCAGAAGAAGAAGCCCAUUUAAUAGUGACUAUGAAGAAUGUCACAGGUGUUUUGGAUUCCUCUGUCUUGGACCCAGAACCAACGAUUGAAGGCCCUUAUAUUGUUUAUAGCUACUAUGUGACGUAUAAUUUUGUCGAGGAUGAAGAGGACACUGGGAAGGAGUAUGCUAGUAAUACGGAAGAGGUUAACAAACUCCACGAAACCCCGCUACUGUCAACCAUGCUUUCCAGGGAGGCCAAUGGUGAAACUGAAGCAGAUCCCCGGCUCAACCCAGGCCCAGGGUCAGUUCUCUUUAGCACGAUACGAAAACCUUGGACCGAUAUUAUUGAGUAUAAUUAUAAGAUGAAGCAUACCCUGAAGGACCUGGUGCCACUGAAGGCCUUUCUGUUGCUGGGAACCAACAUCACCAUAGUGGAGGAAAAGAUAGUUUCUUGGCAAAUUCUUCCUACUCCAGUGGAAAGUCCCCCAACCACCAAGAAAGGAAAAGGUGAGAAAGACAAGAAGGAAAAAGAAGACAAGGAAAAAGAGAAAGACAAGAAGGAGAAAGGGAAGGACAAGAAGAAGUUGAAAAAAAGGAGGGAUAUACCUAAGGAAUUUCAUCAGGAUCCCCCCAUUCUGCGAGUCUUGGGGAGUCAGCUGCUCAGCCUGGAGCCCUUGCUGUCUGGGGAGACCCUGGUGUCCUCUCUGUGCAAUUUUGGGACAGUCCGUACAGCUGAAACUGACAAAAUGACCUAUCUAAGGGACCAAAGGACAAAGAACAAGAAGGGUGCAAAACAAAAGGUGAAGGACAAAGAUAAAAAGAAAGAGAAUCUGUUGUUUGAAGAACCCGAUUACCAGCCGGAUCCCCUGACAGUGGACGUUCAGAUCCAGCUUUGUCACUACACGUCCCUCGCAGAAGCGCUGACCAGGACCUCCUUCUGAUCCU